UACUCUACCAGCUAGCUAUGCAUCCAUAAACAAGUAUGCAUGCAUCUGCUGUAUUACAAACUAUUCUCUCUGCGUGCUAUAGCUUAUACCAUACCACAGCUAGCAGCAAUGAAUAAUUCUACACACCAUUUUUCUGAACCUGGAAGACUUGAAUUGAUCCACGCGCUACAACCUAAUUGACGUGUCAAAUUAAAUAAAGCUAGUAGCUUUCUACACGCAGGAGACUAGACUGAAAGAGGCACGGCUGCAGGUGCCAAAACGGCGCACGUCUGCCAGCAGAGAAGCUGCCUGAAACUGACGCUAGCGGCCAUAGCAUAGAAAUCCUUGGCCUCCUCAAUCCGCAGACUCUUCUUCGUUCGGCAGCGACCGCGCCGCCCUGUCCCUACCCUGUGCCUGCGCGACGACUCCAUCAUCUUCUCUCUCGCCAAGUCCUUAUAACCCCGGCCCGACGCAAGAGUGAGACAAAUGCCGGCCACAACGACCUAGCUACCUCAUCCCAUUCGAUCGCGUCCGUUCCAUUCCAAACCAACCGGCCGGCGGAGCGUGGCAUGGCGGCCUCCGCGAAACUGCCCGUCUCGAAGGGCAUCGCCGGCAUGGACAACGACGUCGUCGCGGCGGGCGGCGGCAAGAAGGCGGGAAGGUGGGGGUUCGUGCAGUUCUUCUUCGUGCUCGCCGUCGUCCUCUGCGUGCUCCUCUACGCACCGCGUGUCCUCGUGCUCAGCCCGUACGGGUACAGCAUCGACGUCGGGCUCCUCGCGCCCACGACGACCUCUUCCUCUUCGUCGUCGGUGCCGGCGCCGCAGCAGCAGCAGCGCGUUUCUGGCGGCGGCAAUGCAGGAGGAGGCGACGGCGGACACGGCCGUGAUGAUGAGGUGGUCCUUGACAACGAGGUGCACUCCCCGUGCUCGUCCAUGCGCGACAACACCAUCUGCUGCGACCGCUCGAGCGUACACACGGACGUGUGCUUCAUGUCCGGCGACGUGCGCACGGACGCCGCGUCGCUGUCGCUCCUGCUGUUCCCGCCGCAACAGCACCGGCAUGAUCAGGCUUUGAACGGCACGUCGGAGGAGGAGACGGUGCGGCCCUACCCGCGGAAGUGGGAGAGCUUCAUCAUGGACAAGGUCCCCGAGGUGCGGCUCCGUGUGGCGGCGCCGCGGGGAGCCGAGGAGGAUCACCGGUGCGACGUCCAGCACGACGCGCCGUUGCUCGUCAUGUCCGCGGGGGGAUACACCGGCAACCUGUUCCACGCGUUCAACGACGGGUUCCUGCCGUCGUGGGUGACGGUGCAGCACCUCCGCCGGCGCGUCGUGCUCGGGGUGCUCUCGUACAACCCCUGGUGGGCCGGCAUGUUCAGCGAGGUCAUCUCCGGCCUCUCCGACCACCACGUGGUUGACCUCCUCCACGACACGCGCACGCACUGCUUCCCGGGCGCCAUCGUGGGGACCCGCUACCACGGCAUCCUCGUCGUAGACUCCGCCAGGCUCCGGGACAACAAGACCAUCGUUGACUUCCACCAGAUGCUCGCCGACGCGUACGAGAGGCCGCCACGGGAGACGACGACGACGACGACAGUAGAGCAGCGGCGGCGGCCAAGGCUGGGGAUCGUGUCGCGCAAGGGGACGCGGGUGAUCGAGAACCAGGCGGCGGUGGCGCGGCUGGCGUCGUCGGUGGGGUUCGACGUGGAAAUCCUGGAGACGGCGGACGGUCGGCCGCUCUCGACGUGGUACGCGUCGCUGCGCGCCUGCGACGCGCUGGUGGGCGUGCACGGCGCGGACCUGACCAAGUUCCUGUUCCUGCGGCCGGGGCACGCGUCGCUGACCCAGAUCGCGCCGCUGGGGGUGUCCCCGAUCGCGCAGGAGGACUUCGGUGUCCCCGCCGCCCGGAUGGGGCUGGAGUACGAGCAGUACGAGGUGCGCGCCGGCGAGAGCUCGCUGGCGCGCCUCUACGCGGCGGACGACGCGGUGCUGGCCGACCCGGAGAAGGCGAUGCGGGAACAGGGAUGGGACCUCGUGGCGCGCGUCUACCUCGGCGGCCAGAACGUCACCCUUGACCUCGCUAGGUUCCGCCGGACGCUGGCGAGGAUGCACGCGCACGCGUUGCAGCAGCGGCGGCGCCGGCGGGAGAGACGGUGAUGGCCGGCCGCGACAGGUAUGGCCGGCUAGUGACAGGUACGUACUACGGACGGCAGCGCACCGCGGCCGGCCGGCUGUGGCAGGGCAUCUCGGGAGCUUGACAAGUGUUGUGCUCUGGUCACCAUAUGAAUGCAUCGUCACGGUACCGUGUAGUAGUGCAUUUUGGAUGGAUGGGACAGAAGAGGCGUUCGUGUUAUUGUGUCCUUUUUGUCGUGUGCCGUGUGCGUGACGGGGUCGGAAAUACGUGGAAUAUUGCCGACGACCGCUAACGUGACGGUAGCAUACCCGAUCGAAUGUCCGCACACAUAUGGUGUGACGAUGCACCGUUGACACAUACUGUAUCUGCAACAUUAUAAAUAACAUAUCUUGAUUAUAUCUGCAUCCUGCAUGCAUGUAUGCAUACUCACUUUUUUGGGAGUAUUAUGUUUAGGAAUUCUUUUCAUGAACCUGUACAUGUGGGUGUGAUUCCCUAUGCUACACUGACCUCAGAAGUUAUAUAGAGUUGCUUUGAUUUUUUUUA